GGCCGAGCUACACCGCGUCCCGGCGUCGCGUCCGGCCUCUCUCUGUCUCUACCUGCACACGCGUCUCCAGCUGCUCCCCCCUCCACGCGUCGGAUGCGCGCCGGCCGGCUGUGCGCUCCACUGAACUCGUUAGUUCGCUCGAACGACUGCUCGAUUACUCCCGAUAACUUCCGGGCCCGCGGCUAGGAACAGUAUGGGCCGGGUGCGUGUCGCCGUGCCCGCCGGCGGUCCAGAUUACGAGGCUAGUUGUCGCAGAUGACGCGCUCGACGGUCCGGAAUAUGUGACAGUGGGCAGCACCGGUGGCGUGUGGAGGACUAGCUGAGGCGAGAGUGUCUGCGAGGCGGAGACCCGAGUUACCAUGUUGAGUCCGUUCGUGGACCCGAGUCACCACCAUCACCUGGCAGCCAUGGGCAUCAAGAUGAGUCCUCCGUCGUCGGCGCUGGUGCACCAAGGCGGCGCCGGCGGCACCGCGGACCACUACCAGGCGUCGUCCGCCUCCGUGGGCGGAAGCGGAGUGUACGGUGGCGCGGGGGCGGCGGGCCACGUGCUGCCGCACGCGCACCACCACCAGCACCACCACCACGCGCUGGCGUCGCACCACGCGGCCGCCGCGCUCAACCACCAGAUGCGGCUCGGCAUGGACGUGUACGCGGCGCGCGCCGGCGUGGGCGUCGAGCACGGCCACCACGCCGCCUACCACCACGCGCACCACCCGCACCACCCACACGCGCACCACGGGCUGGCGCAGCACUCGUACCCUCACCACGUGGCGGCCGCGGCCAUGCACCACCACCACCAGCAGCAGCAGGCGGCGGCCGCGGCGGCGCACCACGGCGCCUUCUUCCGCUUCCGCCAGCCCGUCAAGCAGGAGAUGUCGUGCAUGUGGGUCGAGCCCGAGCAGCCGCCGCCGCGCAAGACGUGCGCCAAGGCGUUUACGACCAUGCACGAGAUCGUGACGCACCUGACGGUGGAGCACGUGGGCGGGCCCGAGUGCACCACGCACGCCUGCUUCUGGCAGGGCUGCCCGCGCAACGGCCGCCCCUUCAAGGCCAAGUACAAGCUCGUCAACCACAUCCGCGUGCACACGGGCGAGAAGCCGUUCCCCUGCCCCUUCCCCGGCUGUGGGAAGGUGUUCGCGCGCUCCGAGAACCUCAAGAUCCACAAGAGGACGCACACCGGCGAGAAGCCGUUCAAGUGCGAGUUCGAAGGCUGCGACCGGCGCUUCGCCAACAGCUCGGACCGCAAGAAGCACUCGCACGUGCACACGUCGGACAAGCCGUACAACUGCCGCGUGGCGGGCUGCGACAAGAGCUACACGCACCCGUCGUCGCUGCGGAAGCACAUGAAGGUGCACGGCUGCAAGAGUCCGCCGCCGGGCCACCCCGCCUACGACAGCGACGACGACGCUGCCGCCGACGGCGACGACUCCAACUCGUCCGGCUCGGCCGCGUCCGCGGGGGCGGGUCCGCCCUCGCCGGACCACCCCCAGCCGCCGCCGCCGCAGCCGCCCCAGCAGCAGCACGCUGGCGCGACCAACCUGUCCGAGUGGUACGUGUGCCAGAGCAUGCCGACGCCGCCCAGCAACGACCACUCGCCGGUCAGCCAGCUGAGCCACCACCUGGGCCACCACCCCAUGAUGCACCACCACCACCAUCACCACCACCACGGCGCCGCCACCGCCUACUGACGACCACCCCUCGGCCCGCUGGAAGCGUCUGCGCAGCGCCUCGACCUGGCGCUGCACUCGCCGUGACCGCCGGCCCUCUCACCAGCACGCCGCAGGACGCCCACGCCCGAGGCACCAACCACAGGAUCUGCAGGCUGGAC